AUGGCAGACAAACUCGGGAGUCUGGCCUGGAGCGGUUUCAAACUUGGGUUUGGACUGUUCAGCCUUGCCGGAGUAUGGACCAUGGCAGUCAUCAAGAACGGGGCGCUCUGGGCGAAAGAUAGCGACGAGGAGAAGCGCGCGUUGGCUGCUGCGCAAGAGAGUUUCUGGAGUCUUGACCGGGAGCCUCUUCCAGGUUUCAAGCAUGCCUUCUACAAAACCACCAACGGUACCCGCCUGCACUAUGUCGUUAACCAGGACACUGGAUCGUCACCCGCGAAGAAUGUUACCAUCUUUUUACAUGGAUUCCCCGAUUCUUACCUCAUCUGGCGCCACCUCCUCCAAUCCGCUUCCCUACAAAAGGACUCCAUCCUGAUAGCCGUCGAUCUCCCUGGCUAUGGCGGCUCCGACAGUCUGUCCGCAUACGGCCCGAACGAAAUGCUCGAGGUGUUGAGCGAGUUCAUUGUUGGCAUACGAGAGCAGUUCCUGUCGGAAGGCAAGAAGGUAGUGGUAGUGUCGCACGACUGGGGUGCGGUCAUUGCUGGCCGGCUGGCAUCUGAGGCACAUGUCCUGGCUGACCACUGGAUCAUCACAGGCGGCGCCGUCACAGCUCUACUACACUCGAACGCGAUGAACAGGAUUCUGUUGGCGAAGCAAAUGCUAAGGACAUGGAUACACUCUCCGUUCAACUUCCGUCUAUUGAAGAAUGGACUACACGCACUCGGUCCUGUGGCUGGACAGUUCCGAAGCUCUUUCUACAUCUUCGUAUUCCAUCUACCCUGGCCUCUUCACAACGUCUUUGCGACUUUUGGCAACUACUUCUUCCUGCGUGUUCUUCACCAGUUCGGCAAAGGCACGCCGAAGAAGGGCAAGGCUCCUACUGUCUUGGAACCUACGGAAGCUGCUGAAGCAAUGGCAAUCUCUACUGGCCCCGGAAGUGCCCAGCUAGACAAGGCCAACGACAAGGGUGAACGAUACGGCGAUUCUGUCAAGAGCAGGAUAGGCGACCGCGGCAUGUCCGAGAAGACCCUCAUCUAUCGCGACAGCCUAGCCUUCGGCAAGUGGGAAAAGUCUCUCGAGGUUACUGCCGCGCUGUACAACAUUUCCUCUGAAGCUGCUUCUUCGCAGACCCUGUCCGCAUCAGGCACCCUGUCCAGCAUGGCACCACAAGGCGCGCUGAAGGCCCCUUCGACACUCAUGAUGGGACAAUUUGACCCUGCAUUCAAUCAACGGCUCUCGUUUGACAACGCUCGCGACUAUCUGGUCAAGGGAAGUCAGGUCGUGAUUAUCAAGGGAGCAGGCCAUUGGCUACCCCUUGAGCACACAGGUAGACGUGCGGUGGAGAAGACCCUGCAGUGGGCGUUGCAAGGUGCUGGAAGCGAGACGAUACCCUUUGAAGCGAUGAGCGAUGUGCGCAUUCUGGAGGCGUUGUAA